AUGGCAAAUAUAGUGGAAAAAAUUAUAGAUUCCAGACUCAGAUGGUUCCUGAAAAAAAACAAUAUUUUGGACUCCCGUCGGAACGGUUUCCGGAGAGAUAGAAGUACUACUAAUACAUUACAUGACAUCCAACAGGAAAUAUAUUCAACUCUUGAAGAAAAACAUUUGAUGGGCCUCGUAUCCCUCGACAUAUCAAAAGCGUAUGAUAUUACAUGGUGUCCUCGUAUUCUAAAAAUAUUGUUAAAAAUUAUCUGUAACGGUAAUUUAUUUAACUUUAUAAAGAAUUUCCUUACCGAGAGAACUUUCCAAGUGAAGUGCAACGACAAACUGUCAAAAAUAUAUGUUAAAAUAACGGCGUACCCCAAGGAUCUACACUAUCGGUCUCGUUAUUUUUUUUAGCUAUUAAUGAUAUACCACUAUUUAUACAACCCCCGGUUAAGUGCACACUUUUUGCUGACGACUUUAAUAUUUUUUGUAGAGGCACCAAUUCAAAUAGAACCAAAAAACAUCUGCUGGAAGCAAUUUUAGCAUUACAAGCUUGGACAUAUGCCUCGGGCUUCUCGUUCUCAGCUGAAAAAUCCCAGUUCAUUAUUUUCACUAAUAAAAGAAAUAUCGGUAACACCAGCAUAACAAUGAACAAUAUCCCUAUAUCAAUUAGGAAGUCCAUAAAAAUAUUAGGCAUACUGUUCGACUCAAGAAACACGUAUAUACCCCAUCUUAAGACCAUCCGAAAUGGACUCUCUUAUAAGAAUGAAUACCCUAUUAUGUCUGGCUCACAAAUCGUGGGGAAGUCACUCCUUGAGUCUAUUGCAAAUAUAUAA